AUGCCUGCCAAUGCAACAAACUCCUGUCCUUGUCCGGACCACAGUACCCUCCAGCUUCCUUGCAGCCAUCCGAGUUGCCAGCAAUAUUUCAAGACUGCUGCUGGCAGGACGAAACAUAGGCUUUCAGCGCAUCCAAUAAUCCCACAACCUGUCUCAGCUCCCUGUCCACCUUCUCCCGAACUCUUGGACCCAGGAAAUGACCAGCAGCAUGAAGAUGAUGUUCCUUUCAAUGCCGAUGAAGUCCCUAGGCCAUUGUCUCCACCUGCUGAUGUCAAUGCAGAAUUUUAUGGACCGAAAAAUCAGUUUUAUCGAAAUUAUCAUAAAGGUCUUGAUGGUCGACCUUGUGACGAAAAUGGCGUGUUUCUUUCUCCAGGCACUCUGCCAUCUCCACUUGUUGAGCGUCCUGCUGACGACUGGACACCAUUUCGUGAUCGGAUUGAAUUCAAAGCUGCCAAAUUCUUAUUUUGCAAAGAUCAAAUGUCCGCCUCCCAUAUUGACACCUUACUUGACCUGUGGGCCGCCACACUUGCAAAACACGACGAUCAUCUGCCCUUUGCUAAUCACCGAGACUUAUAUCAGACAAUUGAUAGUAUUCCGCUUGGAGAUGUGCCAUGGCAGAAUUUUGCAGUCAAAUUUUGUGGCGACAAACCAGAUGUCGACAUUCCACCAUGGAUGAACAGCUUUUACGAUGUAUGGUUUCGAGAUCCACAUGAAGUCGUCUGCAACAUGCUUGCAAACCCAAUGUAUGCAGAUGAAAUGGAUUAUCAGCCCUACCAUGAGUAUGCCUCAGCAACCGAUGAAUGCCAGUGGAAGGACUUCAUGUCUGCUGAUUGGGCAUGGGAUCAGGCGGACGAAAUUUCCAAAGAUCCUGACACGGUUGGGGCAACCUUUGUUCCCAUUAUUCUCGGCAGUGAUAAGACAACCGUCUUGGUUGGCACGGGCAACAAUGAAUAUUACCCGCUAUAUCUUUCUAUCGGCAAUGUUUUAUAUAAAGCUGCACGAGUGCACGCUGAGGAUCUGAAGUUCCGAAAGUUUCGUCGUCAGCAAUUUCACUCUUCCCUUUCAAAAAUUCUUCAGCCCCUCAAGCCUGGAAUGACGAAACCUGAAGUGGCUCGUUUUGGAGAUGGUCACUUCCAUUGUGUUGUCUAUGGACUCGGACCCUAUAUCACUGAUUAUGAAGAACAGGUCCUGUUGGGAUGCAUCGUCAAAUGCUGGUGUGCAAGGUGUCUUGCAUCACGUCUUAACCUUGAUGAUGAUGCCUUGGACCGUUGCUGCAAAUAUGUGGAUGCUCUGGUGGAGGAAGGUACUCUAUUAGAGAUCUGGGAUGAUUAUGGAAUUGUUGGUGACAUUGUGCCAUUUACCAAUGAUUUCCCCCGCGCUGAUAUAAACCGACUCAUCGCCCCUGAUCUCCUUCACCAGCUGAUCAAGGGAGCUUUCAAGGACCACCUUGUAGAUUGGGUGGAGAAAUAUUUAAUUGCGGCUGUUGCAUCCUUCACAGGUUUACGAUGUUUUCCUGAGGGACAAGGGUUCAAACAAUGGACCGGAGACGACUCAAAGGCACUUAUGAAGGUGUAUUUGCCUGCAAUUGAGGGCCACCUUCCACAGGACAUUGUACAUGCCUUUCGCGCACUUUUAGAGUUUUGUUACCUUGUCUGCCGCAACAUCAUCACAGAGAAGACCCUCACCGAAAUUCAAGAUGCACUCACACGAUUCCACCACUACCAUGAAGCAUUUCGAGACGCAGGUGUUGUUCCCACAUUUUCCUUACCACGUCAGCACUCACUCAAGCAUUACAUCCAACUUAUACGACUUUUCAGUGCCCCGAACAGCUUAUGCUCAUUGAUUACCAAGAGCAAGCAUAUCAAGGCCGUAAAGGAGCCUUGGAGACGCUCGAGUCGCUUCAAUGCACUUGGUCAAAUGCUGCAGACCAACCAGCGGCUGGAUAAGCUCGCUGCUUUACGUGUCGACUUCACCAGGUGCAAUAUGUUGAGUGACCUUGAUGACGCAGGAGGUGGCCAUGCUUGUGCCACUGACAGUGCACCUCCAAAUGGCUCGAACGCCAAUGUUCUGGAUGUGGAUGAAGGCCACGACGACGGUGAAGUGGACGAUGAGUCUACAGUGCUACAAGCAGAUGUUCAGCUUGCACUAACACCCCAUGUGUUUAUCAGAUUGAUACCUCCUAACGACAACAUGCGCAUGGAAUACAUUUGUGCAUGUCAUCAGUGGCGAAACGGACAUGCUCGCAAUGACUGCGUGUUCGUUAGCACGAAACCAGAGCUCAAGGGCAUGCAGGGAUUUGACAUUGCUUGUGUUCUGUGUUUUUUUUCCUUUACUUUUCAAGGAACAACUUACCCCUGCGCAGUUAUUCGGUGGUUCAACACUGUUGGCGACUCUCCUGAUGAGGACACUGGGAUGUGGAUUGUGCGGCCAGCCUAUCGUGCUAAUCACUCCCCGCAUAUGUCUAUUAUUCACAUUGAUUCAAUUUAUCACGCAGCACAUUUAAUUCCAGUCUAUGGCACACAGUUUGUUUCUCAUGACCUCAAGUAUUACCAGUCUUAUGAUAGUUUCCGAGCUUACUAUGUUAAUAAGUAUGCAGAUCAUCACACCUUUGAAAUUGCUUUCUAA